AUGAUAAUUAUACAGUUAAGGGUUGAAACAAAAACAUGGACUCGUGAUAGUCAUGACCUAUUUGAUUAUGAAGCUCAACAAGUAAAUAAAAAAAGCUUUUUGAUAUCAACUGCAAUCAAACUCUUUCGCUCGAAAGCACAAGUUUCAUGUGUAGCUGAUAAUCCUCAAUGUUUGCCAAAUACAGCUCAAGAUUAUCUUUUAUCAGUACGACCUGAAGAAGAUAGAUAUAUUAUAACUCCGGCAGAGCACUCUUUAAGUAAUCAAUAUAAUAUAAAAAAGCUAUGGAUAAUUGUAAAAGAUCUUCCAGAAAAGUAUUAUGCGUUACAUGAAAAUGAUAUUAUAAAAUUAGGAAGAUUUCGUUUAAAAGUAAGGCAAUUUAUUGAAUCAGUUGAUACGUUAAAUACGUUAAAAUUAGAUGAUAAUCCAUCAAAAAAAUGUGAAACUAUUUUAGAUUCUUCAAAUGUACAAUGUAGAAUUUGUUUGAUAGAAGGAAAUCAAGAAAACGAUCCUUUAAUAUGUCCAUGUGAUUGUAAAGGUUCUAUUAAAUAUGCCCAUCUAUUGUGCUUAAGAAAAUGGAUAAAUGGGAGAUUAAAUUUAAAUGAACAAUUAUUUUCAGGAUCAGUUUUUAUAAAGGAUAUAAGUUGUGAGUUAUGUAAAUCAAAAUAUCCAAAAAGUAUAAAACAAAAUGAUGAAUUAGUUCAAUUAGUUAAAAUACCUAAUUUAAAGACACCUUUAAUAGUUUUAGAUAACAUUAUUGGGCAAACGAGUAAAGGUGUUCAUUUAAUUAGUUUUGCUGAUAAAAAAUAUCUGAAAUUAGGAAGAGGGCAUGAAUCAGAUGUUAGAAUACCUGAUGUGUCAAUUUCAAGAUAUCAUGCUACUAUUAAAUAUGAUAAAGGGUUAUUUAAAUUAGAAGAUCAUAACUCAAAAUUUGGUACUUUAGUAGCUUUAAGAAAAGCAAGAGAAAUAUUUCCAAGAGAUACAAUGUCAUUACAAGUUGGUAGAAGUGUCGUAAAUUUUAGAGUAGAUGAGGCUAUUCCUUUUAAGAGUGGAAUUAUCGAUGUUAUUGAAAACAAGGAAGUUAUUGAUUCAUCAGAAACAACUAAUAAUGAAAAAAGUAAUUCCAAUUCAGCACAAAGAAAUAACACUAAUUUAGAAGUGAAUAGCAGAAAUAAUUAUGAAAGAAAUCAAUAUAUUGAUCUUACUAAUACCUCUAAUUCCUUACAAAAUUCGUACUCACCUUACAGAGUUGAUAAUUUAAUGUCAUUAUUAAAUUAUCAAAAUGAAUAUAGGAUUUUUGGUAUUAGAAAUUGCUAUAAUCUAAUUGAAAAUAGAAACAAUCAUCAAAAUAUAACCCAAGCAAAUUAUCAUAAUUACAAUAAUAAUAAUGAAAAUAAUGAAAACACUGUAGAAAAUAAUGAAAACAAUGCUGAAAAUAAUGAAAACAAUGUUGAAAAUAACAAUAGUGAAGAAAAUAAUGAAGAAAAUAAUAAUAAUAAUAAUGAAGAAAACAAUAACGAAGAAGAUGAUAAUAAUGAUGAUGAUGAUGACGAUGAGAAUAAUAAUAGUAGUAAUAAUAAUAAUGAACCAAAUAACUGUAAUAACAGUCAUAAUAGUAACCACAAUAACAAUAAUGAUAAUAACAAUAAUAAUAAUAAUAAUAAUAAUAAUAAUAAUAAUAAUAAUAAUAAUAAUAAUAAUAACAAUAAUAAUAAUAAUAACAAUAAUAAUAACAAUAAUAAUACUAAUACUAAUACUAAUACUAAUACUAAUACUAAUACUAAUACUAAUACUAAUACUAAUACUACUACUAAUAAUAAUAAUAAUAGUAAUAAUAGUAAUAGUAAUAAUGAUAGUGAAAAUAGGAAAAAUUCCAACAGUUGUAACAUUAGUAGUAACAAUUGUCACAACAGAAAUAGUUAUAAUAGGAACAGUAAUGGAAAUAAUAAUAAUCAGAAUAGAUAUUUUAAAAGUAGAAAUAACGAAAACAGCCAUAACUAUUUUAAUAAUCGUAAUCAAGGUUCAAUAAGUGUAAUUAAUAAGUAUGAAAAUAAAAAAUUUAGUAAUAAUAAUAUAAAAGAAAAUUAUGAAAAAAAAAAUAUAAAAGAUAAUUUUUUUUUGCUAAACGAUGAUAAAACGCCCCCCCUAGAUUUUUUUAAGAAUAAUGACAUUAUAAGUAGUAAUUUUUUAUCUAAUUGUAACACAAGUUCAGAAAAAAUGCUAGACUCUUUUAAUCAUAAAAAUUAUCAAAAUAAUUUUAAUGAAAAUAUAUUUCAGCAGUCAUACUGUCACAAUAAUAAAAAUAAUAAAGUACUUAAUAAUUGCUUAUAUAAAAAAACAAAUAACCAUGACAAAUAUUUGAAUGACAGUAUUUUAGUAGGAAAGUCAAUACAACAUAAUUUUCUUAAUAAAACUACCAAGAAAAUUUUGGAAAAUAAUGUUAAUAAUAUAAAUACAAGAAACGGUUUUAAAGAAGAUAAUUGUUGUAAUAAUUCUGUAGAAGAUUUUUUAAAUUUUACUAAUAUGAAUGAUGUGUCAUUAAAAUAUAAUUCUUUGUUAAUAAAAAAUGAUAAUCAAUGUUCAAAUUUUAUUGAUAAAGAAAAUAUAAAAAGUAAUAAAUUGUUUUCUCAUAAUAUAUCAAAUAAGCAUAUGUUUAAAGAAGAUCAUGAAAAUUUUGCAUAUAAAAAUAAAGAAAUUAAAUAUAUUAAAAAUGCAGAAGAAAAAAUGGAUAAAGCAAUUAAAAAUAGUAGCAAUAUUACAUUAAAAGAGAAUAAAGAUGUUAGUAAAUGCUUUAAUUGUGAUUUAAUUACUAAUUUAAAUAAUACAAUUAUAAAUAAAAUUAAAAUAAACGAAAGUAUUAAGGAAAAAAUAAAUUUAAAAAGACUAUCAAAAAUUCAUGAUGAUAGUAUUUCAUUAAUAAAUAAUCAUGUAAAUGAUUUAUACGAACCAAAAGAAAUUAUAUUAAAAAAUAAAAAAAUAAAGAAAAUAAAUUCACAUAAAAAGAAUAUUAUAUCAGACUUAGCUGACAGGAAAAAUAUGUGCAAUAAAAAACUGAAGAAAUCAGUUAAUAAUGACCAAUUUGAAAAAUCAUUAAUAUUUGAAGAUUUCAACAAAAAUAUUUUUAGUGAAUGCAUUAAUGAAAAUAUAAAUAAAAUUCAAACAACUUACCAGGAAAAUGUAUGUAAUUUAUCAAAAUAUUUAAAAACAAAUACCCUAAGAAAUAAAAUAUCAAGUAAUAAAAUUUUUAAUGCAACAUUCCACAAAAAUGACUUUGAUUACGAGGAUUAUUAUUAUAGCAAAAAAUAUUAUAACAAUGAGGAAGGAGGAUCAUAUAACGAGAGUUUUUACUAUGAAAAUAAUGAAAUAACUAAGUUUAACAAUAAUAAAAAUGAUUAUAAUAAUAGAAAAGAAAGUAAUAAAUUUCAAAUGAAAUAUUAUUCUCCGGGUCUAGAUAAUUAUAAUUUUAAUUGUAAAUUUGAUAAUGUUAAUAAUUUGAUUGAUAAGUAUAAUAUAUAUAAGAAUAGAACUUACAAUAAUUUUAAUGUAGAUAAUUGCACUAAUGAUAAGCAUAAUUAUAGAACAGUGUUUAAUACAAACAUGAACUUGGAUAUUCUUUUAAAUAAUAAUAUUUUGAACAAUAAUAAUCAUUUUGAUCUACCUUCUCCUAUAUAUAGCAAUGUGAAAAAUAACGCAUUUUUUUUAAACGCAAAUAACGAUAACAAUAAUUAUAAUAUUUUGAAUAAUGAAUAUAUUAAUAUUAAUGAUAUUAUCAGUAACCAUGAUAAUGAUAGUGAAUCUAAACAUGAUUAUAACAAUAUUGAUCAUAAUAAGAGUGGAAGCAAAAAAAAUAUUUUAAAUGAUUACAAUAAUAAUAUUGUUAAAUAUAAUCGAUAUCAAAAUGAUAGCAUGAAGAUAUCUUAUUGCAAUUUAGAAAAAAAAAACAAAGAAGAAUAUCUCGUAAAUAAUAAAAAUAAGUUUUAUAAUGGUUAUGUAAUGAAUGAAAUAAACGAAAAAAUUGAAAAUUUUCAUGAUUCAGAGGAAAGUGAAAAUAGUACUGCAAUUAAUGUAAAGAAUGUACAAUUAAAUUCUAAAAAAAAAAAAAAUUUUGAUAAUAUAGAGUUUACCAAUAAUUUUAAAUCAAAUAAAACAAAUAAUGAUACAGAAUUCAAAAACAAAUUAGUUCAAUGUGUAAAAAAAAACAGUGAAAAAAAUAAUUGCAAAGUAAAUAAAAAUAAUAAUGGAAGAAUAAAUGAUAAUAAAAAAAUAAAAGAUAAAAAAAAGUUAAAAAAUAAAUAUGAAAAUAGUAGUAACUGUAAUAAUAAUGAUAAUGAUAUUGAUGAUGAUAAUGAUAUUGAUGAUGAUAAUGAUAUUGAUGAUGAUAAUGAUAUUGAUGAUAAUGAUGACAAUAGUAAUAAUAAUAAUAAUAAUAAUAAUAAUAAUAGUAAUAAUAAUAAUAACAAUAAUGAUAAUAAUAACAAUAACGAUAAUAAUAAUAACAAUAAUGAUAAUAAUGAUAACAAUAAUAAUAAUAGUAAUAAUAAUACUACUAUUACUAAUAAUAAUAGCUGCAAGAAGAAAAGUAACAUUAAUUAUAAUGAAAAAAUAAUUCCAAUUAAAAGUAUGACUAAUAAGGAUGUAGAGAAUUUUAAUGUAAAAGUAUAUAUUAACUAUAAUGAAAAAUAUGAUGAUACUUAUGGGACAUCACAAUAUACAGGGACUAGUUAUAUAAAUAAAAAUAAAGAAGAUAUAAAAUCAAAUAAAGGAAUGGAUUUUGAAGUUUAUAAAAACAAAAUUGCAGAUUACAAUACAUCAUUAAAUAUUAUAAAUAGUAAAAUAUUAGAAAAAGCAAAAAAAUAUAAGGCAUUUAUAAACUUCUUAUUAAAUAAUGAUUUUGUUAAAAAAAAAAAUAAAUUAUAUAAUUACUGCAAAGUAUGUGAUAUCAAAAAAAAAAAAAAGAUUAUUCACUUUUUAAAUAAAAUUUUACUUGUAUGA